GGAGACGACUGUGACGAGAAAGAUUUUUGCGCCAUCAGCCCAAACUGGACGUACGACAGGCGGACGCGGCGAUGGCGGCGCCUCGACUCCUCUGUGGACAUCGUUUGCUUGACUGACAGCCCGACCCGACACCGAGAUUUGUCCCUGAGUGACGUCAGCGACCGCCACGACGUCUGCUCCAUCCUCAGCUCCAGCAGCGCCGACAGCGACGCCCACGACAAGAGUCGAAGAGGACCCGUUACCAUGACAACCACAUCUGCUGCCACGGACGACCAGGAGACCAGCAGGAGCUCCUCCCGCUGCUCGUCCACGAACAAGACCCCGUCCCUGGACAUAUCUUUCAGUGGACCCCCCUCCCCCGUGGAGAGCGGAGGAUCGUCCAGCGUCAGUCUGGAGACGGACGGCGGCCUCCCGGACAAACCGCCGAGGAAGACGAGCACCAGUCUGCUGAGGAAGAUGGAGAAACUGAGGCAGAGGGGCGGGACCACCACCCUGCUGCCCUCUGCUGGUGACGCUAGAGGAAGCGACAGUGGAGGUCGGACUCGGCUCGUUAUCAGCAGACCAAUCCCAGACGAGAAGAGGGGGGAGGGGCUGCACUACACCAGGCUGCAGAACCGACCCGACAGCCGGGCGUCGUCCUCGUCUCCUCACACCAGCAGCAGCAGCAGCAGCCAAUCAGAGAGCAGCAGCACCGUCAGCACCCCCAGCCCCGUCACCCGGGUCAGGAGUAACUGCAAACGCUCCAACAGCGGCGUCGGACCAACCCGGAACAACCAGAACCACAUGGAAACAGAGAGCUACAGGAACCAGCUGAACAACAACGGCGGCCAUGACAGUCUGAUCUUCCACAUCCCUGACGGACACAAACCCGGGACCUUCCCCACCUCCCUCGCACACAAGCACGCCUCCUCCUGCCCCAUCAUCGACAACACCUCCGUCAACUGGAGGACCGGCAGCUUCCACGGUUACCGGCCGCGAAACAGCUGCCGUCACGGCACAUCGUCACUGGCCGCCGGCACCCGGGGCCCCUUGUCUGCCGUUGGGGCCCCCCGCCCGCUCCCCAUGUUGGAUCACCGGCUGAGCGUCUACGACAACGUGCCCGAUGAGCAGCAGCUCUCUGCUGGAGGAGGAAGUACCAGUGAGUCAGAGGUGAGUCGUCUGUUGGCAGGUGAAGACGUCUUCUCGGCUCUGGACAGCGUUUUAGAGCGAAUCAACAACCUCCAACAACUCGUCUCCUCGUGGUCGGACAAUCUAUCUGAGGACGACUUUCAGAGAGCCUCCUCUUCUUCCUCCUCCUCCUCGUCCUCCGCCUCCUCCUCCUCGUCCUCUGCCUCCUCCUCCUCUUCGUCAUCUUCCUCUUCUCACACCCAGGACUCACCUGUCCACUCCUUGUCAGCCGCCUCCCCCUGCCCGUCGUCCCCGAGCCACAUCCACCUGGAGGUGAAGCAUCCAGAGGAGGAGGAGGAGGAGGAGGAAGGUGAGCAGAGAUGUGAGAAGGUUCAGGUGAACGGAGAAGAACCAGUGACGAGAUCCCCACAGCCGAGGAGCAGCAGAGUGAGUCGCCGGCUGCACUGGUCCAGCGAGCAGAGUCUGAUGCCCUCGCUGACCUCCAGCCCGGGGGUGGAGAACCAGUCCGUCUCCCAGUUCCUCCAACUGCAGAAACACUCGCUGCUCAAACUCACCGCUCUGAUGGAUAAAUACUCCCCGUCCAGCAAACAGGGCUGGAACUGGUGA